GACUUAAUUCACUCUAGAUCUCAACACUUCACGGUCAGCAUUUCCCAGUAAGCUAAAGCAAACUACGCAGGAAUGUAGUUCUUCAAAAGACUCCAUUAUCUUUGCAGCGAUUAGAGUGGACAGUGUGAAGUAAACUGCUCUGUGUGAUCCCGGCGUCAAAAAUGCAUCCCCGGCGCAGUGCUCAGGAAGUCCUACUGUGUGACCUCUGUAAAACUGUCCCCCUACAGAGUCAUUGUGAACUAUGUAAAAUAAAUCUCUGUUUUAACUGUGUAGGAAAACACAUCUCGGAUUUGUCUAAACGACACAAUGUCGUGCACUAUUUUUACAGAAAGUCUACACCUAACUACCCGAAAUGUCCGAAACACGCCGAAAAACACUGCGAACUACACUGCGAAAAAUGUGACAUUCCUGUCUGUAUUACCUGCGUCUCCUCUGGUCAACAUGAAGGUCACAAGAAAUUAGAUGUUUUGGAAAACCUAAGCUAUAAAACACUAAAUAUACAAAAAGAUUUGGAAGAAUUAGAGACCAGCAUUUAUCCCCGAAAUAAAGAAAUGGCGUCCGAUGUCCAAAGUGAGAAAGCCGAGUUAGAAACAAAUUACGGGAAACUGAUAACAGUUGCCGAUCAUCAAGGAGAAAUCUUGCAUCGACAGAUCACCACCAUUGUCAACCAGCGGAAAUCUCACAUUGAGGAGAUGAAAAACAAACACCUAUCUAUCCUGAAUAAAAAUACAGAAGAAAUCACACAGAAAAUUACUGAACUCAAACAGAUCAUUUCCGACUUCAAAUCAAUACUAGAAUCCGAUGACGUCUCCUUAACCUCUACCUACAAAUCUAGGAAUUCCGAAUUUAGAACAUUACCGCCUAAAGUCCGAGUUACAUUGCCGAGUUUUUCUUCUCCGAAAAUAAAUAAAGAUCAGCUCAAUGACAUGUUUGGUUCUCUGUCACCACUAUCCAUUAACACAGAACAUGGCGACACAACGAAGUCAGCAGAAGCUGUAUCGUCUCCUCCAGUCAAACCACUGCUUGAUGAACCGAGACUCACCGCCACCAUAGACACUGGGUAUAACAGAGUAUUCAGUGUUAGGUGUCUCAGUGAUGAUCGAGUCUGCACAUGUGGGAACAACAAAAUCAUGAAGCUCCUCAACCUCCAGGGUACACUACUGAAUUCAAUACAAACCGAGUCAGGGGACGCACCACAAGACAUGGAAGUGACACGGGACGAAGAUCUUGUUUAUACUGACACUAAAAGGAAAACUGUACACCUAGUGAAGAAUAAACAGAUACAGACCGUGAUCACACUACAGGGGUGGGAACCUUACAAUGUGUGCAGUUCCUCCUCUGACGAUCUCCUGGUUACCAUGAUCAGUGAUGAUGAAAAACAAUCCAAAGUUAUGCGUUACUCUGGCUCCACAGCGACACAAACCAUUCAGUUUGAUGAUCAGGGUCGUCCUCUCUAUUCGUCUGGUGUCUCCAAAUACAUCUGUGAGAACAGGAACCUGGAUAUCUGUGUGGCUGAUCGCGAUGCUAGUGCAGUGGUGGUGGUCAAUCAGUCGGGAAAACUCCGAUUUAAAUACACUGGUCAUCCCUCUAAUACCAUGAAAGCAUUUUAUCCACGUGGCAUCACUACAGACAGCCAGAGUCACAUCCUGACAGCAGACUAUGACAAUAACCGUAUCCACAUCCUAGAUCAGGACGGACAGUUCCUCCGUUACAUUAACAACUGUGGUUUACGCGCUCCGUACGGUCUAUGUGUGGACAUCAGAGACAACCUCUUUGUGGCUGAAUAUAAGACUGCUAAGUUGAAGAAAAUCCAAUAUCUGUGAACACAGUGUUAAUUACACAUCUCAAAACAGUAUUAAUUAAAACUCUAAACACAGUAUUGAUUGCUUAUCACGCCUCAGACAAAAUUGUUGAAAUCUAAUUGGUCAGAUCUUGGUCACAUGACGCCGUGAAAAAAACCGUAUCAUGCGAGUAAAAUCCGUAUUGGGCGAGUAAUUUUAUUUAUCGUCGGGUUCGACUUGCAGCCGUGUCAAAAGGAAAGACAUUUGACUAAGUUGUAUGAUAUAGACCCCCCACAUAUACAGUUAAAGGUCUUCGACGUGAUAAAUUCGUUACACAGUUAGUUAGUGACCUGAUACGGAAAAAUACAUGGUGUGAAAAGAAAACCCGUAUCGGGCGAGGCGAAGCCAGUUAGAAGCCGAGCCCGAUACGGGAUUUCUUUUCACACCAUGUAUUUUUCCGUAUCAGGUCACUAACUAACUGUGUAACUAAUAUUAUCAUGGUGUUGAUUACAUAUCUAAACAUAGUAAUAUCUACCGCAGUGUGUUAAUUACAACUGCUUCUUCAUUACAGUCCUUUGUUAAUUUGUGUUUGUGUUGUGUAACUACAUGUAACAUGUUGUGUUUCUGUCUUUAAUUGAUUGAACAUUUAUGGCUCACUGUUGUUUAGUAAUUAUAUCUUACAAUAUCUGUAUUAUUAUAUUUAGUGGAACUUUAUUAAUCUUAGUAUAUUAAUGGCUAAUUUAACUGUGUUACUAGUUAUUUAUCUAUUUAUAUACAAUUGUUUUCAACACACGUGAAUCACUGAACACAAUUUAAUGAUUAUGAAUCGGUUAUUGUGAAGUAAUUAGGAGUUUCACUUUGUCAGUAGUUUGUGUGUAGCUAUGAAUUAUAGUACAUCCACUACUGAGUACUUGCAUGUAUGCAUGUAUUUGUUUUAGUGUGGUAAACUACUAAUUCAACAUUACUCUGUUUGUUAAUCAUGUCCUUUAAUACAUGUCCGUGUUGUAUGUUUCAUUGUAUAUAUAAUAAAUACACAUGAUUUAGA